AAUCGUAUUUUUCUUUCGCUCUCUUAUAAUUACAGAUUGCCGGUGAACGAAUGUCAGGCAAGUCAAACUGCUAGAGUGACAUCUAACCUGAACGCAUCAAGUAGUACAAUGGCGGUUAGUCGAGUACCAUCGCCACCUUUACAGGAAGUAAAUACACCAGUCGCCGAGAACUGGUGUUACACACAGGUGAAAGUGGUGAAGUUCAGCUAUAUGUGGACCAUAAAUAAUUUUAGUUUUUGUCGUGAGGAAAUGGGUGAGGUACUGAAAUCGUCCACAUUUUCUGCCGGUGCUAGUGACAAACUGAAAUGGUGUUUACGCGUGAAUCCAAAAGGUCUCGAUGAGGAGAGCAAAGAUUACUUAUCGCUAUAUUUAUUGUUAGUGUCGUGUAACAAAUCAGAAGUUAGAGCCAAAUUUAAAUUUUCCAUAUUGAAUGCGAAAAGGGAAGAAACCAAAGCUAUGGAAUCGCAGAGAGCCUACCGUUUUGUACAGGGCAAAGAUUGGGGCUUUAAAAAAUUCAUACGACGAGAUUUUCUAUUGGAUGAGGCCAACGGUCUGUUACCCGAAGACAAAUUAACUAUUUUCUGUGAAGUUAGCGUUGUAGCUGAUAGCGUGAAUAUCUCUGGUCAAUCAAAUAUCGUACAAUUUAAAGUACCCGAAUGUCGUUUGUCCGAGGAUUUGGGUGCGCUAUUUGAUAAUGAGAAAUUCAGUGAUGUAACGUUGGCGGUAGCCGGUAGGGAAUUUCAAGCGCAUAAAGCAAUAUUGGCAGCACGAAGUGAAGUCUUUAAUGCUAUGUUUGAGCACGAAAUGGAGGAGCGCAAACUGAAUCGUGUCGAUAUACACGACGUCGAUCAUGAAGUUCUGAGAGAAAUGCUGCGUUUCAUCUACACAGGCAAAGCGCCAAAUUUAGAAAAAAUGGCUGAUGAUCUCCUAGCCGCUGCUGAUAAGUAUGCGCUCGAAAAGCUGAAAGUGAUGUGCGAAGAGGCGCUCUGUCUUAAUCUCUCCGUAGAAACCGCAGCGGAAACUCUAAUAUUAGCCGAUCUCCAUAGUGCGGAUCAAUUGAAAGCACAAACCAUUGAUUUCAUAAAUACUCAUGCCACUGAUGUGAUGGAAACUUCUGGCUGGCAGAGUAUGAUCGCGACACAUUCACAUUUGAUUGCGGAGGCAUUUCGUGCGCUUGCCACACAACAAAUCCCACCAAUUGGACCACCACGGAAGCGUGUAAAAAUGAGCUGAAACCGCAACGGUGCAAAUAGCUAUCACAGCAACACCAACAACAACAACAACAAUAAUAAUAACAAAAAUACAAACAAAAACAAAAAUUAUAAUAACAAUAACUGCAACAAAAAUAACAGACAUAAAUUUAAUUAUAACAAAUACAACAACAACAACAAAUGACAAGAAAUUCAAUAACAAUGACAGGAACCGCAACACAAACUAUGUAAACAAUGAGAUCAAUGAAAAUAAUCAGAAAUUGGAUAAUUAUCAAUACAACAACAAAAACAAUAAAAACAACAACAAUAUCCGGAGCAGUAGCAGCCACAAAAGCAGCAGCCGCCAACGAAAAUGUCACCAGCGGAAUCAGAGUAGCAGCACUAGACGCCAACGCGACGGCGUAUUAGUGUCUAAAAGCCUUAGUAGCAGGAGCAACAAAAAACAACAACAACAACAAUAGCCAUAGUAAUAAACAAACGCCCAUCAAGAGCACCAGUAGUAAUGAAAAAUCGUUAUUUUCGCGCGAGUGGAUACGCAAUAGCAAAACUAUAUUGCCACAGAAGUGCAAGCAACACGCUAACAACAACAAAAACAAUAAUAAAGACGAGAACAACAACCAACUGAAUCACCUAGCAACUGACCGAAAUAAUAGCAACACACAAUUCAAAGACAACAACAUCAAAAUCAGCAGUAAAAUGAAUGUUGUAGUUUUAAGCGACAACAUUGACGGCACAACCAGAUGAGCUACUGUAGCUAUAAAUGCAACAGCGAUGGCAAUAGCCACAUACAAAAA